AUGGCUCAAGACCAUGUUCUCGAUGUCGACAAAUACAGAAGCCUUGCAACUUUACCGAAAGACCCAAAGAGGCCCAUGAGUUGUUUAAAGAUCGAGGCAUUGGAGCGAGAGAUUGAGCUCCUCAAGUCACAACUACAGCCACAAACAUCAGUGUCAGUGGACACAUCGACUAGCCCCUACUUGACCGAGACUCAAAGACCCCUGCAAUUUGCCUCGUUGGAUACUUUCGAAACACCACACAAUGUUGAGUAUGCACAGGUACCUGGUAUCCCCACUCACCCAUCCCAAAUAGCAAUGUCCACCAGCAACAGUUCUCCAGAUACCUCGCUGUAUCACAAAAGACCACAAAAGCGACCGCGAUCAUCAUUUGAGGCUGAAACUCCAGCCGUGGCAAACAUCUGGAGCGAUGCCGACCUCAAGGCCGACGAGUCAGGGAUUUACUUCAACGCCUUCUUCUCUGGCUGUAACCGCUACGUUCCCAUCUUCGACCCGGAAUACGAUUCACUCGAGGCCGUGCGCAGUAGGAGUGAGUUACUGUUUACCACCAUCUGCUCGGUUGGCUGCCGUGUGCUCCACGGAACGAAUGCCAGGUGGAGGGCACUGGCGCUUAGCACCCAGCGCAUGCUCAACGCCGCUAUUGUUAAUCCAGCUAUGGGGAGCCUCGAGACUGUACAGGCGUUGCUUGUUCAGGCUUGUUACGCUGGCGAAAGAGCCCUUCUCGUAUCAAUUGCUACACGCAUGGCGUUGGAUCUUGGAUUUCCGGAAGCUUACGACACGUUGGUGACGGAGUCUGUCUUGGGUGAAGCGCAGUCUAGCAAUGGUUGCGAGUCGACUCACGAGAACAACCUUGUACGAAUGCGGAAAACCCGAGUAUGGCUACACCUAUUGGUCAUGAGCUACAUUCUACAUGUGGAUGCUGGUGGUAUGCCGACGUUUAAAUUCAGAGGGGCGUCACGUAGGUGCAGGAUCCUCCUGCAGAGUCCCUUCUCCAACGGGAUGGAUCAUUAUCUCUUCGCCCAAGUGGAGCUUAAUGUUCUCCGCGCAAAGAUCUACGCCUCCUUACCCCAGCGCGCUAAUCUCAGUGACGAGGAGAUCAUGGACCUGGUCAGAGAUGCUAAGCUCGACAUUGACGUUUGGUUCAACGAUUGGAUGCGCAUAUCCCAACCCCAUCAUCGUGCCAUGCCGUGGUUCGUCCCAAACCUCUCAGUGCAGCGCUGUUGGGCCGAUAACAUGACUCUGUGCCGUGCUGUCAGGGCUGCGGGCGUGGAGAAUGUGAACGUCAUGUCGCCUAUACAGAAAAGCAUACUGGUGAUGACCAAAGCGUCGCUAAAGCAGCAUCUUGAUAUAACCAUUCAAGAGCCACGUCUGUACCUGGAGAGCACUCGGUAUGCCAUGGACUUUGUCUGGGCCAAGAACACAUUUUGUUGCCUCCUACUUCUGAAGCUAUCCGCCUUGCUCCCCGAAGGAGAUGAUAAUCACAGUCAUGAACUUGUGGCGAAGGCAGGUGCUUUACUCAACGAGUUGGAAAAAGCCACGGCUGGGGGUGCUGGGGAUGACAGCCGAUCAAGUACCAGCGUGUUAUACCUUCGGCUUCUGAAGACGAGUAUUCAGAAAUAUCAGCGAGGGUUGGACCAGAACGCACAGGCUUGCCAGGACAAUACUGUGUCUGACAUUUCAGGCCAGUCAGGGAAUUAUGAAUCGAUACCUUCUGGAUAUAGCGAGCUGGAGUCGUUUGUACCUGACCAGUUCGUGUUUGAGUGGGACUUUCCUGGGCUUACUCUGUUCUCAUCUCCGAUUAAUGAGACGACGUGGUUGAACGAGUUCUUGAGUGGAACGCAAGAGUUUAGGCAGGAUAGUAGUAGUAUAAAUUGGGCACUCAUAGACUUUUCCAUGUAA